CCCAAGCGAAUGGAACACCGGCACAUCAAUGGCGACGUCGAGAAGUUGUUACGGCGAGACAGUGCCGAUGACCGGCACGGCAUAUCCGGGCACGUACCCCGAUCAAAUGAAGGUGUUGCAGGCAGUAAUAAGGGACAUGAACAACCCUCCUUUUCUUUUGGACAUAACUUUUCUAUCAGCAAUGAGAAAAGAUGCACACCCUUCUAUCUAUAGUGGUGCUCUCACCUCUGAACAAAGAGCAAAUCCUGAUCAUUCUGCUGAUUGUAGUCAUUGGUGUCUUGCUGGUUUGCCUGAUACUUGGAACCAACUUUUUUACACUGCCCUUUUCUUUUAGCAUUUGGUAUAUUUGGUUCCUUUCGGGACGUCUGAUAAAAUUGAAACGAUACAGAAAAGAUUAGUAUGGCUCUUGCACAAGAAUGACACGCACAAAUCAAGACCGGUGGUAUAUUUCCUCUUUUUUCUUUUUUCUUGUUGCUUGAUAUGUUUUGCUCACAAUUGAUGCAAUUCAUUUUAGGACAUCUUUACAAAGAUCAAACAUGUACUUGAGUAAAGUUUCAUUUCCUGUUGGUGUAAAUGCUUAACAAAUACAUCUUGUUCAUUUUGUAAUUAUUGAUCACUUCUUGUGAUUCAAUUUUAUUGAACUUGGGUCAUCUGUGUCAAAAUAACAGAUUUCAUGUGAUCUAUUUCAAAGUCUAAUUUGAUUUA